CUGGACCUGCCGGGUGAAGGAGGUCUCCUAGACGAACAGACGUUAGGUGAUGCAGCGACGACAGUUUAAUCCACCUUGCGCAUGUGCGCUUGGACGUAUACAUGUCUAAUAUCAUGCAAAUACACUAGAUCAUUGAUUUAUUUUUCCGUUCCAUGUGUAUUCUUAGACUUGGCUGGUGUUUGUUUGGGUAUGAUUAUUAUGUUAUGCUUGAUCUAUGAAUCCAGAGACUGUAUGACAUGUAGGCCGGAAACACUUUUGUAAACCCACUCCUUCUAAAAUGCCAAGAUGCGAAAAACCCAGACGAACUCUAUAGUAGCGAC